GGUACACUGUGCUUCGCUGGUUUUGACCCGAGUUUUUGGCGCGUUGCAUUUGCACAUAGGGUGUUUGAUAAAAUCACCCACCGAAUCAAGUUUGAGCUGAGUCGAUUCCGCACCUGAGAACUCAAAACAAUGCAACGGUUAACAUCAAGAGUCACCGCAACCGCGAAAGUUUGCUCGUUGCUGAGAACUAUCCUCAUUAAUGAAGCACCAUCUUCUUCUUCUUCUUCUUCUUCUUCUUCUUCUUGGCUUCCAAGCCGCUGCUUCUCUACUUUCUCUGUGCAGGAACGUGCUAAAACCCCAGGAAAAGUAGCGAUCCCAGGAGAUUUAUUGAAAUGGGGUUCGCUUGGGUUUUGCAGGACUUUGAGAUUUGCAUCAGGGUUUAAGCCUUUAGAACCCAAGCCGUUGGAUUCCAUCAUGGAUUUGAACAGAGCAAAGAACCGUUCACCUGAGGACCUUGCUUCCAUUUGGGAUGAUUAUCACUUGGGAAGAGGUCAUAUUGGGUUGACCAUGAAGGCAAAGCUUUACCGUUUGUUGGAACAAAGAAGCUCGGAUUGCCGCUAUUUUGUCGUUCCUUUGUGGAGAGGAAGUGGUUAUACAACAAUGUUUGCUCAAGUGCAAUUGCCAUACAUGCUUUUCACCGGUCUUGAAGAUUACAAAGCAAGGGGAACCCAAGCAUCUCCUUACUUCACUGCAACCUUUUAUACAGACUUUGCGGAAAGCAAGGACUUGGUACUUAUUCGUGGAGAUAUUGUUUUCACCAGCAAGCUUACUGAUGAGGAAGCAAAGUGGCUCCUGGAAACCACUCAAUCUUUUUAUCUGAAUGAUGUGAGGUACAAGCUAGUUGAAUGUUUCAAUAAAGAACCCCGUGAUUUUGAGUUCAAGGAUGUGUUACGAGCUUUAGACAUGCCUAUUUUUUAACUUCUUAAAAUGAUAGUCCCUGAACUGCUAUGCUUCAUUUGUAAGAAUUUGGAAACAAUAAUGUUUCCAGUAAGUUUUAUGCAAUUACUG